UUCGGCAAAAAUUAUAAAAAUGCUUUAUUGUUUAAAGUCUCGAUUGUACAGACUAACAAUAAGAAAAACAAUAAUCGAAUAAUAUUUUCGGGAACUAAUUGAAGUGGAUAAUGGUGAAAUUAAAGAAGAGUAAAUACCUCAGCGUGACACCGAAAGAAGUGACUUUUGUAAAGAACGAGAACACAAAAACCUUUACUCUCAAGAACAACUUGGCUCUUCCACUUAUAUAUAAGAUAAAGUGUUCCAGACCCGAAAGUUUCAAAAUACAACCGAAAAGUCGAGGUUUCCUCCAAGGGAAUGAAGUAAAAACCUUGACGUUACGAAUCAAUCGUGACUCGGAAUGCCGAAAAUUAGAGCAUUUUCAAGUGCUGUCGGCACCGUCCAAACCGGAAGAAGAGAGAAAAUCCAAUUUCGAAGAAGCUCUGAAAAAGUCCCCUCACCUAGAUAGAAAUUAUUUCUCGUGUCGAUUUGGCUUUCGGCGUGAGAGGGAGAAGUUUCCUUCCAGAAAUAUGGCUAUCUUCCGCUCUCUCCUAGUGUGA